CAUUCAGAACUCACAGCUUGCAGGAGGAGCUAAAUGCACUUAGCAAUGGCUAUUCUUGGGACGCCAUUGUGGAGAGGACUGAUCCUAGUGUUUUUUCACUUCUGCUAUACUGCCAAGGGAACUGAACAACCGGUGUUUUUGGUGACAUAUCCUGCCGUCAUACAGCCAGGUACUGAGUCCAAACUGUGUGCCAGUCUUCUACAGCCAAAAGAGACUGUGAUAAUGACAGUUUAUCUGGUCAACAAUGACCAGAACCGAACACUGAUUCAGGAAAGAACGCAAGAAGAGUUUCAUCGCUGUUUUAAUUUUCAGGCUCCUCUACUGCAGGCUGAGUCUAAACAGACCAUUACAGUGGAGGUGCAAGGGGAAUCGUUCCACUUGAAAAAGGAAAGGAAAGUUCUGUUCAAAACCUUCAAAAAAAAUAUGACUUUUAUACAGACAGAUAAACCAAUCUAUAUUCCAGGACACACAGUGCUUUUCAGAAUUGUGUCCAUGGAUUCCAAUUUCAUACCAAUUGAGCAAGUGUACCCAGUAGUGUACCUUGAGGAUAGUCGGCAUAACAGAAUCAGUCAGUGGGUAGAUGUCUCCUCCAAAAGCAAGAUUUUACAGCUUUCUCAUAACUUGGACUCAGAGGCACCUCUUGGCAUGUACCAAAUCAUUGUAGAAAUUGAUGGAAGACAAAUAAGACAUUAUUUUCGUGUAAAAGAGUAUGCUUUGCCAAAGUUUGAAAUAAAAUUGAACUUACCUGAAACAGUAGAAAUAGGUGGAGAGGGGCUAAAAGUAGAAGUGUGUGGAAGAUAUACUUAUGGACAGCCUGUUCCUGGGAAAGUGUUUAUGGAACUGUGCGGAAAAUCACAUGUAUCUUCCCAUUCUCCAUCAUGCCUCACUGAAUCGGUUGAGAUGAGUGACAGUGGCUGUAUCAUUCAUGUCUUCAACAUAUUUGAUUUACUGAAAAACCAAAGUAUAUCUUCAUUUCAUUUUUCUGCUAAGUUAACUGAAGAAGGAACAGGGAUCUCAAUGUCCAAAGAUGGCACUGUGUAUGUAUCUUACAAGCUUGGUGAACUCACAUUUGUUGAUACACCAGAUAACUAUGAACAUGGAGCAAUAAUAGAGGGAAAGAUCAAAGCUAAAUAUGUUAAUGGAACUCCCAUUGCAAACAAGAACAUCUUUCUUUCGGGUGGUCAGUUGUUGUCCCCAACUCUAAUAGAGAAUCUUACCACAGAUGCUAAUGGAAUAGCUCAUUUCUCUGUCAACACAACAACCUUUCCUGCAGCCCCUCUUAACCUCUUAGCAAGCGAUACUACCAAACAUUCUCAUAACUGGUAUGACAGACCCCACAUUAUAAAUGCAUUAAGAAUCAUUGACCUGGCACAACCCCACAGACCUCACACACCCACAAGAGGUGAACUUACUGUAGAAGACUUGGAGGAGCCACUGAAAUGUGACACAGACGUACCAGUAACUGUCAGACCUCACACACCCACAAGAAGUGAAGUCACUAUUGAUAACAUGGAGGAGCCACUGAAAUGUGACACAGACGUACCAGUAACUGUCAGGUACGCUAUUGUUGGUGAAGCCAAAAAGAAUGGGUCCUUAAGCAUAAUCUACUUGGCAUUAUCCAAUGGAGAGAUUGUUCAGUAUGGAGCCAUGAAGGUUACAGUAAAGGACUCUGAUAGAGUGAAUCAAGGCAAAGUUUCUUUCACACUGCAUGUCAGUGCUGAGACUGCUUCUUGGGUGCAGAUUUUGGUAUACUGUGUUCCACCAAGUGAGACUGUUAUAACUGGCCACAAAGAUUUCAGAACAGAGCAGUGUUUCAGAAAUAAGGUAUCUUUGCAGUUUUCUCCGUCCAAGGCCGUUCCAGGUGAAGAGAACACCCUGCAACUCUCAGCUGAGCCAGGCUCACUGUGUGGUCUCAGUGCUGUGGAUCAGAGCGUGCUCAUCUUGGAAUCAGGGAAACGUCUGAGUGCUGAUAAGAUCUUCAGGAUGCGGCCGCCACCACAUCAUCCAGUUGAACUUGACAGUGACCAUGACUGUGUUCAUGUCAGAGACCGCCGAUAUGUGUUACCAUUCCCUGGUGCAGUAGACAUUUCUGCUCUCAGUCUUUUCAAGAGAAUGGGAUUGAACUUGGCCACAAACGCAAUUGCAAGAAUUCCUCCCUGUGUAGUGUACAGAGGAAACACUUAUCACUUGAGUGGUGAGAUCUUACAAAUUUACCCUGAGGGCAGCAGAGGAUUUGGCAUGGCAGGAGGAAGUGGGAUGCGUCCAACUGAGACAAUCCGCUCCUUCUUUCCAGAGACUUGGAUCUGGAAUCUUUUAGAAGUAGGGGAAUCUGGAUCUGCACAACUGCCUGUUACUGUCCCUGACACCAUCACCACCUGGGAGACAGAGGCCUUUUGUCUGUCCUCCAAGGGCUUUGGUCUGGCUGCCCCAGCCGAACUCACCGUCUUCCAGCCUUUCUUCCUGGAGCUCUCCCUUCCUUACUCCAUAAUCCGAGGAGAACUGUUUGAGCUAAAGGCCACUGUCUUCAACUACCUGUCAAAGAGCAUUAUGGUUAAAGUAACUCCAGCCCCUUCCUCAGACUACACUCUAAAACCCUCCUCAGAUGGCCAGUAUUCUUCUUGUCUGCGUGCAAAUGGUAGGAAGACCUUCAGAUGGACUCUGAUACCCUCUGUGCUGGGGGUCCUGAAUGUGACUGUAAGUGCAGAGGCAGAAGCAUCUCAGUCUCUGUGUGACAAUGAGAUUGUGACUGUACCAGACAGAGGCCGCAUUGACACAGUUACACGAACUCUGCUGGUGAAGGCUGAAGGCACUGAAAAGACCAACAGCUACAGCUGGUUGCUUUGUACCCACGGAAACACUGUGACAGAGGAGGUAGAGCUCGCUCUGCCUGAAGUUGUGGUAGAGGGAUCUGUUAAAGCUUCAGUCUCAGUCCUUGGAGACAUUUUGGGCCGUGCACUACAGAAUCUUGAUGGAUUGCUGAAGAUGCCGUAUGGGUGUGGGGAGCAAAACAUGGCUCUUCUCUCCCCUAACAUCUACAUCCUGCAGUACCUAGAGAGCACUGAGCAGCUCACUUCAGCCAUUCGAGAAAGGGCCACUGGUUUCCUUAAAAAUGGAUACCAGAGGCAACUUAACUACAAGCAUUCUGAUGGAUCCUAUAGUGCAUUUGGUGUAGGUGAUGGGAAUACAUGGCUUACAGCUUUUGUCAUGAGGUCCUUUGGCAAAGCCCAAACUUACAUUUUUAUAGAGCCACGCCACAUUACUAGUGCAAAGCAAUGGCUAGUAAGUCAACAGAGACCAGAUGGUUGCUUCAUGAGGAAAGGUCGUCUUUUUCACAACAGAAUGAAGGGAGGGGUGAGUGAUGAUGUGACUAUGACCACAUACAUUGUUGCUGCAAUGCUUGAGCUGAACAUAUCAGUGAUGGAGCCCUCUGUGAGUAAAGGCUUGUUGUGCCUAAAGUCCUCCAUCAGUAAUCUAACAAAUAACUACGCCACUGCUUUGCUCGCCUACACCUUCAGCCUGGCUGGGGAAAAGGAAAUACGCUCUCAGCUUCUGCAAAAACUGGAUGAUGUGGCCUCAAAAGAGGGUGGUCAACUCUCCUGGUCCCAGUCAAAUUCAGAACAAUCAGAGUCCUUGGCAGUGGAGAUGAGCUCUUACGUGCUGCUAGCAGUUCUCACUAAUUCCCCACUCUCUACUGCUGACUUAGGUUAUGCCAGCAGGAUUGUCAGUUGGCUGGUUAGGCAUCAAAACCCCUACGGAGGGUUCUCCUCCACCCAGGAUACGGUGGUGGCACUACAGGCCCUGGCUCUGUAUGCCACAAAAGUGUUCAGCUCAGGUAGCUCUGCAACGGUGACAGUGCAGUCUGCCAGUGGAGCAAGUCACCUUUUUGAUGUGGACCAGAGCAAUACACUGCUGUACCAGGAGAGGGCGCUACAGGACAUACCAGCAAAAUAUAGUGUUGAAGUGAAAGGCUCUGCCUGUGUCUCUGUACAGAUGGCCGUGUUCUACAACAUCCCAACACCCAAAAAGGACUCUGUUUUCAGUGUUGAAGCAAAGACUGAGGAGAACUGCACAAAGUCUCCACAAACUCUGGUCAUCAAAAUCACAGUCCAAUAUAAUGGGUCACAGGAGAGCACCAACAUGGUCAUUGUGGAUAUAAAAAUGUUGUCAGGGUUCAUAAUCGAUGAAACUUCUUUGAAAACUUUGAGGCGUUCUGUACUUGUGAGUCGUGUGGACUCCCAAGAUGACCAUGUCAUCAUGUAUUUGGAAGAGCUUCCGAAGGCUAUUCCUCUUCAUUAUACUCUAUCUGUUACUCAGCAAGUCCCAGGGAAGAAUCUCAAGCCAGCAGUGAUAAAAGUCUAUGACUACUAUCAAACCAGUGACCAGGCUGAAACAGAAUAUUCUUUCCAGUGUACAGGCAAGGAACCUGACAUAUCACACAAUGAAGUGUGAUUGACUUUGUCAGAUGAGGCAUACUUUCUUUCAUUCAUUCAUUCAUUCAUUCAUUCAUUCAUUCAUUUCUAAGCUGCUUACCCUAAUCAGGGUUGCAGGAGGUGAUGGGACCUAUCCCACCACUCAUUGGACAAAAGGCAGGGAAACACCCUUGAUAGGACGCCAGUCCAUUGCAGGGGAGACACACAGACAAGCACAUUCACAGACA